GCUGACCAGGCAUACUCCCCCGUAUAUCUCGCAGCUAGUAGUAUCACCAUGUACUACUACUUCUUCGCCGUUUAUGCCGCUACAGUUUCUUACGCUAUCCUCUAUCAUCGCCAUGAUAUUGCGCUUGGAUUCCGAAGUUUGUGGCGCAGUUUCAAGAAAGAGGCGUCGACCGAUUUCAAGGAUGUCCAUACGAGACUCAUGUCCAACUACCCCGAAGUUCCCGAAUGGUGGUAUCUGAUUCUUAACUUGGCUGCCAUUGCUUUCGGCUGUUGCUGCAUGACGAACGUCGGCGUCGUUUUCUUUGAUAUCGCACUUGCCCUGGUUUUCGUUAUUCCAACGGGCAUCAUCUUUGCCACCACUGGCAUGGAAGUUGAGUUCAACGUCCUUGCCGAAUUCAUUGGUGGUGCUUGGGAGCCAGGCAAUGCUUUGGCCAUGAACUUUUUCAAGUGCUUCGGUUAUGUCACCACGGCUCAUGCUCUUGACUUCGUCAACGACUUGAAGCUGGCUCAUUAUCUCAAGAUCCCGCAGAGACACACAUUCGCCGCUCAGGUUGUUGCUGUCUUUGUCUCAGCUUUUGUCUGCACUGGCGUUAUGAACUUCCAAAUCAGCAACAAUCCUGAUCUCUGCUCAACGAGCCAAAAGGACCGCUUUACUUGCCCAGGUGUAAAUACCUACUUCACCGCUGCAGUACUUUUCGGUAGUCUGGGUGCCAGCAAGGUCUUUGGCUCUGGCGGAAUCUACACGGCCCUGCUCUCAGCUUUUCCGGUCGGAUUUGCGCUUCCGUUCAUGUUCUACUAUUUCCAGCGCAAACUCCCUCGCACCCACUGGUUCGCCAAGAUUCACCUUGUGAUGAUUCUCAGCGGUGGUAUUAGCUGGUCCCCCUACAACAUUGCUUACAUGUGGCCGGCCGUUCUGCCUGGCUGGCUGAGCAUGGUGUAUCUCCCUCAGCGCUAGCUUGCGUUCUGGUCAAAGUAUAAUUACGUCUUGUCGGCGGCUUUCUCGACUGCUAUCGCCAUUGCUGGUGUCAUUAUCUUCUUUGCCGUUAGCUACCACGGAUUCGAGAUCAACUGGUGGGGCAAUGACUCGGAGAGUGGAUGCGAAUCUACCGCCUGCACGCUUCUCAAGCUGCCCAAGGGUGAGUACUUUGGGCCGCGCGUUGGAACUUACGCGGGCUAGUUUGAUUGAAUCUCGGAAGGUUUUGAGCGUGAGUAUGCAAGCCAGAGAGCAAGAAGAGUUAUUUGCACGGGCUCUCGCAUAUUAUCGUGUACUAGUAGCAAAGCACGGUACCAUAGCCUGCUAGCGAAAUAAACGUGAC